CCGCCCGCUCCGCUCCGUCUUUUGUUCAACAUCGAGAGCCUUCUAGCCUGAGGGACGACGUGGACGUACAAAAGAGCAGGGAGGACACGUACCUGCACGACAACGCACGAUAACUUGCAAGCUUUGUGGCCACUCUUGGAUAAAGGUCGACACAAUUGACGCGUCGCACAAGGAUCCAAAGACGCGUCGAGGACACCAGUCAUUGUCCAUCCUCACUCAAACAGUCACACUCACCCCUGCAUAACUCCAUCACAUACAAAAGCCUUCACCCUCAUCACCUAACAUCUUACCUCGACACCAUCAACUUCAACUAACGAAUACCCUCGAAAUGCCUCGUCAAGCCCUGUCCGAACUCCCGCUCUCUCUCUUCCUACCUACCCUCUUCCCUCAACCUCAGGCGCCCGUAGACCCCUCAAAUCCCCACACACCCCAUCCUGGUGCCUACAUAUCCAAGGUUCCCCCGUCCCCCGUACAUCACCCAAGUCACCUGCACAUACAUGGCCUCAAGCGCCCGCACGAAGAUACAUCCCCCCGCAUGGUUGCCAAACGGCGGCAUCUGGAGGACACGAUUGCGAGGGAAGAAGAGGUGAACGGAAUCGCAAAGAGGCUGUUUACGGACUUGACACCACGCAAGGAGAGCACGCGGGUGGAAACACCCAAGAAGCCGAAGAAGGUUGCUCAUAUCCCACCGCCAGAGUCAACAUCGCGGCCCAUGCCACCACCCUCCACUCCUGGCAGGACCGCACCCCCAAAGACCCCAGCUGCUUCACUUUCUAUGCCUUCGUCCACAUCUAGUAACCCGUUGCUCACUCCUUCAGAGGACAACAAGGAGAACCUCCCGCCACGUCGGCGCCGUACGCACCCGUCAUUACCCCUUAGCGCGGGAAAGACGAUCACACCCAGCACACCGAAGGUAUACUCUGCUCCGCACUUGGGCAGAAGUAAUGGGAACGGCAAGGAGGUUGUUCCCCGUUUCGCGCACAAGCUAUCCGGCAAACCGUCUACACCGCGCGAAAUCGGGCGAGAGAUGCUCAUGGAAGAAGUGGACGAACCGGAGGAAGUGGAUGACGUGUUUUAGUCCCAGAGCUGGCGGUCUGCCACUAGAGUGUAGGAUACUCAUGAUACAGUACUGCUUUUGUAUAGCAUU